UGUUUUCUCGAUUUUGUUUUCAUAUAAAAGGCUUCAGUUAGAUAACUCUGAGUUUAAAACGAUUUUUUCAAAGUAAUUUUUUAGGUUUAUCGAUGUUUUAAAAAUGAGCCACAAUCAUAAAAAGAUCAAAUACGCCAAAGGUGGGAAGAAGGCUUUCAAGGAAUUCCGAAAACAUCAACAUGACGACAAGACAUCCGAGGAACGUUUUGUUACGGACAUGACGGCUGCUCUGGAAAACUUCAACGAUUCACAAGCCUCUGCAGAAUUGGACAAGAAAAUUAAAUUUCCAUUUCGUCUGGCCAUGUGGGAUCUCGGUCACUGCGACCCCAAAAAAUGCUCUGGUAGAAAAUUAGUUAGGUUUGGAUUGGUUCAAGAGCUGUCACUGCAUCAACACUUCGGAGGUCUUGUCCUGUCGCCGAUUGGUGUGAACUGCAUAUCACCAUCAGAUCGUUCUCUAAUUGUCAAUCACGGAUUGUGUGUCGUUGACUGUUCGUGGGCGAAGAUUGAUCAAACGCCAUUCGGCAAAAUGAAGUGUCACCAUCUACGACUUCUGCCAUAUUUAGUGGCAGCUAAUCCAAUAAAUUAUGGAAGGCCCUGGAAAUUAUCGUGUGCAGAGGCCUAUGCAGCAGCUUUGUACAUUGUUGGCAUGAAAGAAUUUGGAGAAGUUUUGUUGUCAAAGUUUAAAUGGGGAGGAAGCUUUUAUACCAUGAAUAAGGAAUUGCUAGAUAGGUAUGCAGCCUGCGAGUCGUCUGCUGAUGUUAUAAAGGUGCAGAAUGAGUACUUAGAAGUUAGGGAUGUGUCAGAUUCCAAUACUGAUCAGCCUGCUGAUCGAGAUCCAUUCGAUAUCAAUUCUGAUGAAGAGUUCUACAAUCCUAAUAGACCACUCAAUAGUCAAAAUGAUGACGGCGACGAUGAUGAGGACGACGACGAUGAUGAAAAAUUAACUUGUGGUAAAGAUAAAUUAAUACUUGAUGAUUAUGAUAAGGAUGAUGAUGUGAGUAGCGACAACGAUUCUGAUGACGAUGAUUUAGAACCGAAUUGUAAAAAAACUAGUAACACAAAAAAAUAAAAUGAUUGUUUGUUAGUUUUUUAGGCCAAUAAAAAUAAACUUGUA